UUUUCCCCCCCUCGUUCCGUUCCGAGCGAGAAAAGCAAGCCCACAGAACGAGGGAGAAAAUGCCGAGUCUUAGGUUGCAUCAUCAGUUGCUUCGUCAUUGUCGACUCAGUUUCAUUCCUACGUCUCUUUCUUCUUCUUCUUCUUCCUCCUCCUCCUCCUCUUUAAUAACAAGAAGCAGGCCAUUAGGAUCAACUGCGUCAGCGGUGAGAUUAAUGGGAACAAUGGCGACGGAAUCUACACCAAGAUUGCUCUUCAGGCAACUGUUCGAGAAGGAAUCCUGCACUUAUACUUACCUCCUCGCCGACGUCGGUCACCCCGAGAAACCAGCGCUGCCAAACACCCGUAAGGGGUUUUUUCUGACAUUUUGAAAGUCAUGGAGGGUUAAGCUAGCAAUCGCCCAAAGUUUAGGGCGGUUUUCUGAUAUUUAUUUAGCUAGCCCGUCACCAAAUCAGCGCGACUCCCUCACACGGCGGCACUCCAUAACGCAGAGCGGAGAUCCACGACGAAUAGAAAUAUCCAAAUAAACCCCUCACGUUUCACUCAACCAGCGGAAAAAAAAAUAAGAAGAAGAGAACCCCCGAAAAAGGGCAAAUGCUGUCUCUUCGAUCCCAUCAGCAUCUUCUGCUUCGUGAUUCUCUUCACUAUUUCUCUUCAAUUUCUCCUUGGAGAUCAGCGAUGAGAUUUGAGGCAGCGUCGGCAACGGCUUCGCCUUACAGCACGGCGUCGAGAUUGCUUUUCCGGCAGUUGUUCGAGAAGGAAUCGUCGACUUAUACUUAUCUCCUUGCUGAUCUCCGCCACCCCCAAAAGCCCGCUGUGCUGCUUGAUCCAGUAGACAAAACAGCAGACCGAGAUUUAGCUCUUAUUAGAGACCUGGGUUUGAAACUCAUCUAUGCAAUGAAUACCCAUGUGCAUGCUGAUCAUGUGACCGGAACGGGCUUAAUAAAGACCAAGAUGCCUGGCGUGAAGUCUGUCAUUUCAAAAGCUAGCCAAGCAAAAGCAGAUCAUGUGGUUGAACAUGGUGACAAAAUACAUUUCGGAAACCUGUUCCUAGAGGUGCGUGCAACACCUGGUCACACUUUGGGUUGUGUUACAUAUGUAACUGGAGAAGGACCUGAUCAACCUCAUCCAAGGAUGGCUUUCACUGGUGAUGCCUUGCUCAUACGUGGCUGUGGAAGGACAGAUUUUCAGGGAGGAAGUUCACAUCAACUUUAUCAAUCAGUGCAUUCUCAGAUAUUCGCAUUGCCAAAGGAUACUCUAAUAUACCCUGCUCAUGACUAUAAAGGAUUCACAGUCAGCACAGUUGGAGAGGAGAUGAUUCUCAACCCUCGGCUAACAAAGGAUGAGGAAACCUUCACAAGUAUCAUGAAAAAUUUGAACCUGGCAUACCCAAAGAUGAUUGAUGUAGCGGUGCCAGCAAACUUGGCUUGUGGAUUUCAAGAUAGCACGCCAGAGGCUCGAGCAUCAGCUUAGGCUCAAUAGAGCAGGUUCAGCCUGCAGUAAUAUAAUACUGUUAAAGAAAUUAAGAAAGCAAUCUCUACGUAUAUCGUUUGAACGCAUCAUUAGGAGGAAAUGGUUUGUGCUCACAGGAAGCUACCCUUGUAUAUUGAAGCUUUCUCUGGUUAAAAAUAAAAGCGAGCAAAACCAGUGACCUUGUGAUAUUAUUGAGACUGUUAUGUUAUUAAGAUGCCUCUUCAUGCCCUUCCUUUUCCAUUAUGCAACUCCCUGCUGAAUCAAUAGCUCACAAAAUCUGUUACUGAAAACAAUUACUGUUGCUGUAUAACUAAUCUUUAACGUUACUGUUGCUGUAAAACUAUCGUAAGACUAUCGUGUAAGUGUUGGAGUUUGAGUCUUGAGGGGAGCAGAAAUGUUUGUAACUUUUGAAGCAACAAUUGUUUGUGAAAGAUAGAUAGUCUAUGA